AUUUUAGUUACAGUUAGUAGAACACCGACUUAACCUUAGAUACCACAAACAAAUCAAAUUCAAAUGUUUUGAAUGCUUUACAAAUCUCGAUUUUAUUGAAUUUCAAUCAUUUUUUUUUCUUGUUUCUCAAAUGGAGGAGAGGACAUAUACACAGCUCAUUGAGAAUAGCAUCCGGAUGAAUUUCGAGCGCAGCGGAAUCGUAAAUGAAUUACGCAGCGGAUUGCAUGUCAAUGUGCUCAAGGCCAUCCGUGAGGAGCUGUAUCUGGACAAGGAUGGAGCGCUCUGUGGCGGCGAUGUGCAACAGCGUGGAUUGCUGCAGUUGCUCAACUAUCUGGUGGUGGAUUAUUUCGAUUGGUACGGCUACAAGCAUACCCUGGAAACAUUUGCACUCGAAACGGGCGACAAGGCACUGCUGAAGCCACGUGAAAAAUUGAUGCGUGAAUUGUCCGGCAACUAUGACAACAAGGAGUUGCCCGUUCUCCUGCAAAUGUUGAUGAAGCAAACAAAAAAGGACGCUAGCAAGAAGUUGCCACAACCGAUCAUAAAAUCCCAUAUGGCCAAAGAUAUUCCACCUGAGGGCAAUCCGAGUAAUAUUAAAGAACUACUGCCACCUGAGGCCAAGGCAAGCCAUAUUAAAAAACUACCUGCUUACAAAAUGGAUACUCCACGUGACUUUAAGCCACGCCUAAUCAAAAAGGAUACCCGAAAUCCACCAAGCAAGGUAAAAGUGCGGCAAAGCAUGAUCGACUCGGUUGGGCCAAAACAAAGCACUCCUAUAAAGCAAAAAUCAGCAGAAUUGGGAGUAAAUAAAUAUGGCGACGAGUAUGAGUCAAGUUCCAAGUCUUCGACUGGUUCUUACUCGAAUGAUAGCGAUGCAUUCGACGAUAUACCCGACAGGCAUUACUACAUCGAACAGGAGCCGCCCGAGACAAUGUAUCCACACGACUUUGGCGAAGAGGGUCGCUGUGAGGCUGAACGUAAUACGAUGCAAAUUGUUGAACUGCCAAACAGCAAUGAGAACACCGAGCAGCCGCAGGGCAACAGCAGCAACAGAAAUACGACCAAGGAAACCAAUACUGUGAAACGCAGAAAGAUCUUGUCGCAUUCGCACAAGCAUGCAAAUCCUUAUGGCUUUGUGCUGGAUAGGCCAGUGCAAAAACCCAAAUGCCCCGAAACGAUGGUCAGCCAAAUUUCACUGGAUGGGGACAGCGAAUAUGAGGACAGCGAUGAAUACUUCUAGGCAAAGUGCAAUAUAUUUAAAUUCAUUUAAACAAAUUGUGAGUGUUAUAAUUAUAAGAGAAGAUUAAGGCUUAAGAAAACGAUAAGCAUUAUAGAAAUAAACUCAUAUCAGGCAUCAUAUGUACAUCAGAA